AUGUAUUAUCGAUAUCAAAAAAUUAAAAUAAUAUUCAAUAUAACAACAAUUCCUCCGUCUUUUAAAAAAAGAAUAUUCAAUUAUCCCAGUAAUAACUUGUCAAGUAGAUCAUUUCAUACUGCUACCACAUUAAAAGUACCAACAACUACGACUGGUGUUAAACCCGAUUUAAAACUUUUACAAAAACUUCGGCAAGAAACAUCGAUUAGUUUAAGCAAGGCUAAAGAAGCACUCGUCAAACAUAAUAAUGACUAUAAUAAAGCAAAAGAAUGGCUUAUUGAAGACUCGAAAAUUAGUGGCCAAAAAAAGGCGGAAAAACUUAAAGAUAGAAUUGCAAAAGAAGGUCUAAUAGGAGUUGUAUUAACGAAAAAUUUAGAAAACAAUGAUGGCUUGACAUCGACAACUAGAGGCGCAAUCGUUGAGGUAAGUUGUGAAACAGAUUUUGUUUCGCGUAACUUGUUAUUUCAACAAUUAGUCGCUCAAAUUGCGUCCACCACACUUUUUUUAUCCAACGAUAUCAUUACUAAUGAAAACAAUAAUGGUGAAAACAAAAUCCCAACAACUAAAAUUAGUGAUAAUGAUAAAAUUAUUAUUAAUCCAAUUUCACCUUUAGUUCUUAACACAUUACCUUUACUUCCCCAUCCUUCUUCAAAUUCUAUUAAUAAUAAUUCCAAUGCAACAACUAUUCAACAAUCAAUUAUGGAUAUAAUUAGUAAAUUAGGCGAAAAUAUUGUUAUACGUAGAGCAGAAGUUGUUGGACUAAAAAAUAAUUAUGAUGGUGACGGUGAUAGAUCAUUAAAUAAUAAUAGAAUUGUUUUAACAGGUGGAUACGUACACGGAGGUGAUUCGAUGACUGGAAGAAUUGGUGGACUUGUAGUAGUGGAAGUUUUGGGUCAAAACCUCAAUCAAUCGUUAGACUCGACUAGUAAGUUGAUUCAAAACAUAGCACGUCAAAUUGUAGGAUAUAAUCCCAAAUACAUCGAUGAUGAUAAAGAUGAUAAAAUCAUCUCUUCCAAAAUGCUUGGGAAUUAUAACAAUAAGGAUGAAUUUUUAAGAGAUAAUGUACUUUUAUACCAGGAUUUCCUGUAUGGUGGAGGAACUGUUAAACAAGUUUUAGAAAAUUUUAAAAAUGUAUCUGGUGCAGAAAUAAAAAUUUUAGAUUUUAAGAGAUGGGAAUGUGGCGAAGAAAUAAUAUAA